GCUUCCGUUGGAGAAUGGAAAUUGGCAAAGAGAGAGGGGAAAUGUCCAAUUUGCGGCUCUGCUAUUUUAGAGGAGGUUGAAAUUACGAGGCAAAGUGGAGUGAUGCGCUCACUGGAGUAACCCCCGCUUUCUAAGGCAGGAGAAAGAACCCAGGUUCUCUGCUCUUGAAGUGGCUCGAGCUCUUGGGGGCGAGGCACUAUUAUAUAAAUUCAAGCUUGCUUCUGAUCCUUAGUACCCUGAGUUGCCUGAAGGGGGGAAUGGCAGUGCCUGCGUGUGCAGCCCGGACGCUCAGGUCGCCGCUGCAACCGGAGCACCGAGCACCCUCCCUCACCACCUGUCCCCGCCGGCAUUCCAGAGUGGAGGCUGAAUUGGCAGUGAGCCAGCCGGGGUCAGUCGCAGACUCAGUCCGCGCGGGCCCUCCUAGGGGUGUGUCUCACGGAUUCAACUCUCUGCCGCUACGGGACGAGCCCCUAAAGGCAUCUUUCUCCCUGGCGGGAGCCUUGCGCGCCUCGCUCUUCGCGCUGCUGCCCCGGGGCCGCCGCAGGCGGAUGAACGACCUCAGGCGACGCUGGGACCUGGGCUCCCUCUGCCGGGCCCUGCUCACUCGGGGCCUGGCCGCCCUGGGCCACUCGCUGAAGCACGUGCUCAGUGCGAUCUUCUCCAAGAUUUUCGGCCCCCUGGCCAGCGUCGGGAACAUGGAUGAGAAAUCCAACAAGCUGCUGCUGGCUUUGGUGAUGUUCUUCCUAUUUGCUGUGAUCGUCCUCCAAUACGUGUGCCCCGGGACGGAAUGUCAGCUCCUCCGUCUGCAGGCCUUCAGCUCCCCGGUACCGGACCCGUACCGCUCGGAGGAUGAGAGCUCCGCCAGGUUCGUGCCCCGCUACAAUUUCAGCCGCGCCGACCUCUUGCGCAAGGUAGACUUCGACAUCAAGGGCGAUGACCUGAUCGUGUUCCUGCACAUCCAGAAGACCGGGGGCACCACUUUCGGCCGUCACCUGGUGCGCAACAUCCAGUUGGAGCAGCCCUGCGAGUGCCGCGUGGGGCAGAAGAAAUGCACGUGCCACCGGCCGGGUAAGCGGGAGACCUGGCUCUUCUCCAGGUUCUCCACGGGCUGGAGCUGCGGGCUGCACGCCGACUGGACCGAGCUCACCAGCUGCGUGCCCGCGGUGGUGGACGGCAAGCGUGACGCCAGGCUGAGACCGUCCAGGAAUUUCCAUUACAUCACCAUCCUCCGAGACCCAGUGUCUCGGUAUUUGAGUGAGUGGAGGCAUGUCCAGAGAGGGGCAACCUGGAAAGCAUCUCUGCACGUGUGUGAUGGAAGGCCCCCAACAUCAGAGGAGCUGCCAAGCUGCUAUAGUGGUGAUGACUGGUCUGGUUGCCCCCUGAAAGAGUUCAUGGAGUGCCCCUAUAAUCUGGCCAAUAACCGCCAGGUGCGCAUGCUCUCCGACCUGACCCUCGUAGGCUGCUACAACCUCUCUGUGAUGCCCGAAAAGCAAAGAAACAAGGUUCUUCUGGAAAGCGCCAAGUCCAACCUGAAGCAUAUGGCUUUCUUCGGCCUCACUGAGUUUCAGCGGAAGACCCAAUACCUGUUUGAGAAGACCUUCAACAUGAACUUUAUCUCGCCGUUUACCCAAUACAAUACUACUAGAGCCUCUAGUGUAGAGAUCAAUGAGGAUAUCCAAAAGCGUAUUGAGGGACUGAAUUUUCUGGAUAUGGAGUUGUACACCUAUGCAAAAGAUCUCUUUUUGCAAAGGUAUCAGUUUAUGAGGCAGAAAGAGCAUCAGGAGGCCAGGCGGAAGCGUCAGGAGCAACGCAAAUUUCUGAAGGGAAGGUUCCUUCAGACCCAUUUCCAGAGCCAGAGCCAGAGCCAGAGCCAGAAUCCAAGUCAGAAUCAGAGUCAGAACCCAAGUCCCAAUGCAAAUCAGAAUGUGACUCAGAAUCUGAUUCAAAAUCUGACUCAGAACUCGAGUCAGAAUUUGAGCCAGAAGGAAAACCGGUCCAACCAGAAACAGAAGCCAGGCCACAAGCCUAACGAGAGCACCAGCAGCAAUGGUACCAAUGACUACAUAGGCAGCGUAGAGAAAUGGCGUUAAGCGGCUCCACGAGGCCCAUGCCUUCUUCUCCCAAAGCGCCACCCAAACAUGGCAUAUCUUAAAAGAUUAAAAUGUUCCAGCACAUCUGCUUCCGUAAUUUUGGAAGUUAGGAAAAGCUUAGAUGUUGCCUUUACAGUUGCCUUUCAAUGAAAUGUUAUACUGUGCGUGGGUGAAACAGAUCUCCAUAUAUAAUUAAAUUGUCUUUUUUUUUUUGGUUGGACUAUUUAUGAAAUCCAAAAGUCAAACCAGACUCACCAGAAAUUGCUGUUUAGCUAUUUUAAGAAGUUCUUAAAUUAGGAAUGGAAACAUAAAAUGUGACCAUUUAGCUUAUGGAUAAGAGCUGGAUUUUAAGAGAUGUGCAUCACACUGUUAAAACCGAUCUUGGAAGCAAACUUUUUCCCCUGGCUAAACACAGCAUAAACAUCAAGUGAAAUGCAAACUCUUUUAUUUUCCUCUGUUGUUCACAAGGGAUCUAUUUAAACAUAAUACCAAUUGCUGAUACAGUUGCCCAACCAUAGAAAGGAAAUAAUUCCUCUCUCAAACAUGGGUGAUUUUAUGUAAAAAUAUUUGCCUUUGAAGCAGAACAGGGCUCAUAUCUUGUAAUUUAAGAGAUCUUUAAAAAUUUUAAACUUUUUCUACCUUCUACUGUUUAAAGGUUUUAAACAGGGUCUAACUCAUGCUAAACAAAUCAUAUUUUUUCCAAAGGAAUACCAAUGUUAAGAUCUAAUUUUCAGAUGCUUUCAGGCACUGUAAUUUCAACAAUUCUGGAAUCUUUUUGGCGCUGCUUCUCAUUCACUUUAAGGCUUCUUCGAGUUAUGCUCAUUCCAAAUGUCUAGAAUAUUCAUCCUUGAAAUGGUGUGUUGCUGAAUUUCUUGUGGUGUAUAAUCUUGGAUUAAAGUCAGGACUUCCUUUAUAUAGAAUUGUCUUAUCAAUGUUUGUGUAGUGAGGUCCCUAUCAAGAAACUAUUCAACAGAAUGUGUCUGCAAAUAUUGCUGAAGCUAUUCUUGAUCAGGUAGAAUCAAACCUGAGUGUGAACUGUUAUCUACUUUUUGUACAUCUUUCUUGUAAUGUUUCCAGUUUAGCUAGCUUUUUCUGGCCCAUUGGUUCUUUUUCGUGUGUGUUGAAAAAUUUGUAGACAAUUACAAGAGCAAAGAAAAAAAUUGCUAGAACAUGUACUAGUAUGGUCAGAGUUCCUCAGUAUCACUAGAAGGUUUCUUGACACUUUGAUACUUUGGGUUAACCCUUCUACAAGGUUUUUGUUUGUGAAAUAACACAAAAAUAAAGAUUUGCAGUCAGACAUUCUGCAGUAAAGUAUCAGAAGCACACACUUUGAGAAGGGAAAUUUGCUAGUGGAAGCCUAGGUAAAAGGACUUUCAUGAUAUCAAGUAUAAAUUGAGCGCAGUCAAAGAAGUC